CAGCAUUCCAAUCCGUCCGAUCCAGUCUUCCAGACCACGCAAGUCUCUCUUCUACUCUUCCACUGCUACUACUUCUUCCUCGAUACUCUCCCAGCUACUCCCUCCUUCACCAUGAAGUCCUUCACCACCAUCAUUGCCUCUCUCCUGAUCGCCGCCGUCUCGGCCGCGCCUGCGCCUGUGGACAUCGAAAGCCGGGCAUCCACCGUGACUGUCUCCCUCGCCAACGACCAGACCGGGGCCAACGCCGGUGUGGCCAUCCCCGGCGAUGGGGUGUCUCGCGGCAUUCAGACUCUCUAUGGCGGCACCUCCGUCGGCUCCGGGGGCCGUGUGCUCGCCUCGUCGGCGCAGCUGACCAACUUCCCGCAGUGGGCGAGCUGCAUCAUCGUCAACAACGGUGCCACCAUUGCCUACCUCAACCCCCAGCAGACCUACGCCGACCUCGAUCGCGAUCCUUCGGCUGUCAAGCCUGUCGACUUGAGCGGCGGGUCGAUUACCUGCUGGGCUUGAACGAUGAUUUGAGUUGACGGGGGACGUCAGGGUGAGGUGGUUCUUUGAGGAGGGAUGACUGGGAUUUCGGGCAAGUUGCAUACAAUUUGUUUUUGGUUGUUUCUUUGUUGUGGAGGGUAUUGAGUGGAUGUAAUGGACGAGAUUGAUGACUGUCAUGAUGUGAGUGAAUACACGAGCGGCUAGAU